AUGUCAUCGUUGGAUCACGAAAUAGAACAAGCAAUACUCCAUGAUCGCUUUUUGAGGAUACAAGGAGUAAUUAUUGAUCAUUCCAGUGGUAAGGUUACCAAGAAUGGAACUUUAUACGAUUAUCGUCGUAAAAGAUCAAGACAUCAAAGGCAUAGCAAUUUAAAUGAUUUGACCAAAGGAAUAUUCACAUUACCAGAAGAAAUUAUUUAUAAAAUUCUUGACCAUGUUAAUCAAAUGGAUACUAUUCAUUUGGCAUUGACUCAUAGAUCAUUCCGUGAAGUAUGCAAAGCCAAAUUGUUGGAGAACAUUUGCGUUUACUAUGAAGACCCUAGAACCAAUUUGAUACCCAAAAAUUGGUACAUAUCAGAAUAUACCAAUUAUACCUUUGUCAACGGGCUCAAUUUUGAAAAACUCUAUUUUAAAGUUUUUAAACAUGUUAAACAUUUGUUUUUCCGAAAUGUUGUUUAUAAGACAGGUUCAAUUGUGCUACACAAUUUAGGAGAGCAACUGAAUUGUUCUAUAACUUUCGGGGCUGUAAUGAAACCAGAAUUCUUGUGGUGGUUGUUAGCUUACCAAAAUAGAAUUAAACCGGCAAAUUUGAUUUUAUUUUAUAAGAAGGACUUUGAAUUAAAUAAUUAUCCACUAGGAAUAAUCAAAGAGUUGAGCUUGGAUUUUACUUUUUUAGGUAGGACUCCAAUUAAAUUCUCAUUGAUCAACGAGAUGCCAAAUUUAAAAAAGCUCACGUUAAUCGAUCCCCAAAACUUGCAAUCACCAGAGCCAGUGGAUAUUUUGGAUUUGCAUGUUCAUUAUAAUUUUUGCCCAGCCGAUAUCUUUGGAAGCUUUAAUCUAAACAAAAUCAAAAAAUUACGAGUAUUUUAUUGGUGGAAAACUCGGAGCUUCCCUUCACUAGUUUAUAAUGCUGAUAAAUUAACUUCGCUUGAGAGUUUGGAUGUAACUUUCAGUGAAGAGGAGUUGGUACCAUUUGAUAGAAGCUUAAGAAAAAAUUCAUUAAUUGAAAUUGGAGUUCCUGAAUCAUUAAAAUCUUUUGAAACCAUUUAUCCAGCAUUAUUUCAUCAUAAAGAUUCAUUAAAAGUAAUUUUCGAAAAUAAAGAUUAUUACCGUAUUAUCAGCUAUACUGAUCAGGAGAUUUCUUUUGAUACCAGUUUUAAUGUUGAUUUGGAUCUAACUGAAUUCCCUAAAUUAGAGUAUGUUGUCAGAAAUGGUGGGGUCAAGCUAGUAGAUAGAAGUGGACCAUCUCCUCAAUUUGUUCCUGUUGAAUAUUAUUCAAAGAAUACUCCUAGUUAUUAG